UUGUAACCACCUGCAGUCCGAGCUGGCGAAUAUGCAGCGGGCCAUGCGGAACCACAAGGCUCAGCAUGAGGAUGCAGCACGGGCACUUGAUUCCCCUAUGCAGGACUUGGAGCAAGUUGCACCAAGACCGGAGGCUGGCGAGUCCAGCAAUGCACCCUCUGCCCGCUAACUGGAGCAACGCGUCGACCACGUCGUCGCAAUGCUCGGCGACAUCAGCACCUUCGUUGCGCCAACCACCAUCAGCAAACAGCUGGAUACAUUGAAGACCGAGGUUCAGCAACUGCAGCUGCCUAACAAGGAUGGCAACAACACAACGCAUUAUAAGAUGCCGACAUUCCAAAUUGAGAAGUUCGAUGACUACACGCAUCAAGACCCGGUCCUCUGGUGGGAAGGUUUUACGACACAACUGCUGAUUCUGUUCGUCGCCAAGCACGCGUACAUCGACACCCUAUUUCUCAACUCAAAGGGCGGAUGCCAGACCUGGUUAAGCCACCUGGCAUCCAGCCACGGCGUCGACGUCGCAGAUCUGAAAGACAAGAUCUCAUGGGAAGAGUUAACACGGCUAUGGAAGAAGCGGUUCAUCGUGGACGGCGCACCUGCACUCGCCAUCAACCGUCUCUUCGGCAUGACACAAGGCAACAUAGCAACACCUUCGCCGCCAUCUACCGCCGGGGAUUCAACGUCAUGGUCAAGACUUGAAGAGCUCGACCCGUUGACAUUUGCGGACUUCCAAUGGAUGCCCCUUCCCCGGUCCGGUCGAUUGCCGAAACCGCAUUGCAACGUGCUCAUGGCACAAUUGCGGGAUUACUUGCACACUGCAGUACCAACUCCGUUGAUGGAUGUCGGAGUAGAGGUUGUCGACCUUCACGCCUACAUUGCGAAGAUCGACCGCGAGUUCAAGAUGCAACGGUACGACGACAUCGACGCACCAUUGUUAUAUGUACGCAUUCAGAUCGGAGAAGCGACCUGCAACGCUUUGAUCGAUUGCGGAGCAUCUCGCAGCUACAUGAGCCAGGACUUUAUGGUACGCGCCGACCUUGGCCCACGUGUCCGGAGGAAGUCCCAGCCGACGCAAGUCACGUUGGCGGACGGUCACACCCACAAGUCAAUAGACCGGUGCAUUGAUGACGUCCCUGUGUACCUUGCCCCGCACGCGAGCGAGGCGGUGUCCUUCGAUAUUUUGGACACCAAAUUCGACAUGAUCUUGGGCAUGUCAUGGCUGCGAAGCGAGGAUCACCCGGUGAACUUCUACCGCUGCACCGUUCACGUUCGUGAUCGGAACGGAGUACUAGUCCCAUGCACGGUAGCUCCUCCUCACCCUUCAAUCAACUGUCACGUGGUAUCCGCCGCAAGCAUGCGAGCUUCCAUCAUCAGAGACGACAUCGAGGAGAUGGGGGGGUGUUUUCUCCACGCCCUCCCGCCCCAUGACGCUUCAUCGACGGACUCAUCUUCGGACCCACGCGUCACCGAGCUUCUCGACGCCUACGGCGACGUGUUCGAAGGCCCGCACGGAGUAGUACCGGAUCGGCCCAUCCGCCACGAGAUCAUCCUCGAGGACGGGGCCGUACCUCCAUGUGGUUGCAUCCACCGAAUGAGCGAGGAAGAGUUAAGUGUGCUUCGGGCACAACUCGACGACCUUCUGGAGAAAGGCUGGAUUCGGCCUAGCUCAUCGCCAUACGGUGCUCCUGUUCUCUUCGUCAGGAAGAAGAACAAGGAUUUGUGGUUGUGCAUCGAUUAUCGCAAGCUCAACGCGCAAACGAUCAGAAACGUCGGCCCUCUCCCACGCAUCGACGACCUUCUCGAACGACUGGGCGGCGCCAAGUUCUUCUCCAAGCUGGACCUCAAGUCGGGAUAUCACCAACUCGAGAUUCAGAAGGAGGACCGCUACAAGACCUCGUUUAAGACGCGAUAUGGACAUUUCGAAUGGCUGCCGGAGUUUGGACGAGCAGUGCGCACCGUUUUGGAGCGGCUACGACAAGCCAAGUACAAAGCCAACCGCGACAAAUACGAAUUCGCGUGGCAGGAGCUGGAGUACUUGGGACAUUAUGUAACGCUGCAAGGCAUUCGUCCGCUUGUGGACAAGAUCGAGGCUCUCCGCGUAUGGCCCGAGCCCACCAACACCACAGACAUUCGUUCAUUCAUGGGGUUGGCGGGCUACUAUCAGCGAUUCAUCAUCGGAUACUCAAGGAUUGUUGCACCUAUGACGAGAUUACAAUCGCCAAAGGUGCUAUUCGUAUUCGAUGACGACGCACGCCGGUCAUUCCAAGCACUUAAGACGGCCAUGCUCAUGCCACCCGUCCUUAGCAUCUAUGACCCCACCCUGCCUACGAGAGUGACAACUGACGCUUCCGGCUAUGGCAUUGGGGCAGUCUUGGAACAAUACGAUGGCGACGACUGGCACCCUGUGGAGUAUUUCAUCCACAAAGUGCCUCCCAUCAACUCGCUUGAUGAUGCAAGGAAGAAGGAGCUGCUCGCGUUCGUGAUGGCACUCAAGCGAUGGCGGCACUUCCUCCUUGGGCGUCGUAGGUUCACAUGGGUUACGGACAACAACCCAUUGACUUACUACAAGACCGAGAUUCCACGUUUGAUAAGGAAUGCAGUGUCGGAGAUAGAGAAUGCACAUGGCGUGGCUGGGUUGCUUGGAAAGUGUGCAUUUCGACAUGCUAUAUUGCAGCGACUUAUUGCUGAUUGGCUCUAUCUUCUGAACGAAGCAGAGUACCGGAAGAACGUGACAGGAUCUGUGGAUUUCAUGGCUCAAGGAAGCGAGUGCCUUCAGGACUCGAUGAUUCUCGAUAAUCCUUGUGCAAUGGAUGCCGUGGUAGAUGCAGCAAUCAUCAACAAAAUUGGUCAGAUAUCAAAGCAAACUGGACCGUUUCCGGUUGACAAUGCCUUUCUCUCAAGUUCGGUUUUAUCGCCAAAGAGCAAGGACAUCGGCAGUUUGCCCAGUGGCACAGAUUUUGUCGGAGGCUAUGACUUUGACCGGUCCGAGACUCAGCACCACACAAGCAGUAGCAGACGCGACAGCGGCAUCAGGCCCGUUGUCAGCGUCAACAACAAGCAGCAGGGACAUGCGUGGAGGUCUGUACUUCUUGCUGCUGUCGAAGUGACUCAUUUCCGUGAGGGUCUGAUGGCAGCAAUGGUGGAAACAGAGACCCUGCAGGGCAUUUACAUCUCACAGGCAAGAUCCCUUGGCUGGGAGGCUGGGAACCUUAAUCUGGACCCCUGGUAUUACGAUCUCGCUUUGGCGAGAUUACGGACGAAUCAAAUGGGCAAGGCUGGACUGAAGGCAGCGAAGGUGAAGCGCCCAGAAGACCUGACUUCCGGAGAACAAAGAGUAUUCUUAGAUGACCGGCAACCGGAAGUUCUGCCAAGGGAUCGAGUGCAAAUCGCAACUGCAGAAUUUGACAGCGAGUUCGUGGACCUGGAUUUCCAUACCCCGUCAGGUGUCGCAAGGCUGUUUGAAGAAGAUGUGUCCGGGGACUCUGCGUUGCUAAGGCUGAGGGGAACACUUAUGGCGCAGCUUGUGCAGGUCUUCCUCUUUGCAACAGGUGUGAGACACAACCAGAUAAUCCUAGAAACAAUACUGCGUUACGUCGAAAUUAAGAGAAGACAAAUUGAGCAAGCCAGGGCAUUGGUGGAAGAUGAGACAAGUCCCACAGCUAGCAGGAGAACCUCCGUAGAUCUGCUUAUUCCUGCGUUGAGCAUGGGUAAAAGCGAUGCUGAAAAGGGUGUGGAAGAUGCAAUUUGGGAGCAAACUAAAGCGAGUGCUGAUCCGAGUGAAAGCGCAACAAACAUGAACAGCGACAAUAAGCGUGCAUCCAUUGAGGUGACCAGGGCUCGCAGCAGUAGCAAUUUGCAGUGGACGACGAGUGUGAAAGCAUCUGCAGAGAGAGGGCAGGAUGUGGAAGAGGUGCCAGCUGGCAGAUCAAGAGAGUCCUGGGAGAGAGGCGUGCAACCCAAGGAUGAAAUUCCGCGUGGCAGAUUGAGGAGAUCAAGAGGAUCUAUAGAUGAGAUUGGAGGAUUCUAUGGUGAAAGGUGGGGCGUGCACCUAGGUCCCCGGGAAGAGGAGAUCAUCAAAGAGUACCGUGCUGCUCUGACAGACUAUGCUUCAGACCUCUUUUUGUCAAUUAAUAGGCGGAAGGAGUCUGUACGGGCAGCUUCAGCUGAUUCUCUUGGACUGAGGAAGUAUGCAGCUGGGUCAAAGAAAAGAGGGAGUUCUAAAUAUAGCUUCUUGGAGGACUACUGCAAGGCACUGUGGAACGACUUCCAGCCAUUCUCAAUCGCUGUAGAUCUUGCAAAUGAACGGAUGAGACUUGGACAAUUGAUGGUUCGUACGUUGCCAGCACAUUAUGAGGCUUUCUCACAGGCAGCAAACAUCCCACACAUCCCAGUAAGAGAGAGGAGAAAAUCGUCUAUCACGAAAGAGAUGGAGGCUCAGCCAGCGAAGGGUUUACCCUCUGCAUAUGUGAACCCCUUCUUUUCCCCGCCGGAUGCUGAGAACAAAGCUGUUGCAAUGUAUGCUCCUCUAGACUACGAUCUCCUCUCCAGGGACGGCAUGUACCAGUUUGUGAAUCUGAGCUGGAGCCAGGCAUCAUCAAGUUAUGAAGACGAAGAGAUGGCUGUGUCGCCCUUGGGAGGAGUAGGAGGUAUUGCUGCAGGCAAUGCAAGUACCGAUGGGCUCUUGACAGAAGGGUGGGCUUCUAAGCACAAAGAAAAGCAGAGCCAUGGAAUGCUAACAGAGAACGGCAUGUUGGCAUCUAUCUGGGAGCUCUGGCCACCGGUUGAUGCUCUGAAGAUGGCGGUGCACGGUUACACGCCAGCAGAGAUCGCCUCAUGUGUCGGAAUAACAAGGGCACUGCAUGAUAUCAUCAAGGUUCGCUGGUCAACGUUGCUUCUCAGCUUGCCAAACACUGAAGUGUUGAAUGCUAGGCCCUCUAGCUCUAACGGGAGAACGCCAAUGCAUGAGAGCUGGAUCAGGGUCAGAAAUACAAUGAACUGGGAGCUUGUGAAGAUGAAAGAUCAGCUUGAGGACUACCAUGCGCAUACGGAACCGAUUGCCGUGCUGGGGUUCCUGGAGCUAAAGAGAAAGGUGGUCAUUUCGCGUCACGUGUGGGCAUUGAGGCUGACCACUCAGUUUUUCCAUAGGCAGGCAAGAACUGAUGCUGCGGUGCUACUUGCAGAGGUACUUCAAAUUCUGCAUGUGUCUGCCGGAAGAGCCCAUCAGGAAGGAUUCUCCUUUCUCACACUGACGUCAAUGAGAAAGACGGGGAGGGGGAGUGCUGCGCCUGGUACACGGAGGCUGUCCGCAUUUUUGGCAUCCAGUGGUAUGGGUUCAGGAGUGGAUAACCUGAAGGAAUCGAUGCGCCCUCAGGUGGGUGCAGCACAUUUCAAGGGUUUUCUAUCCAGCAUUGGCCGCGGUCCAGACUGGGAGACGUUCGUGGGAAUGCCAGGUGGCCUGUAUCAGGAUGCCAAAGGCACAGUUACCCCAAGGAUUUUAGGCCGUUCUGGCACGCAGAUGGACGGAUUACUGGAUGAUGGGCCUCUCUGGCCCAUGAGCUAUGUGGGAGGUUGGAACCAGAAGAGACUGGGUAGGACAAGUGCUGGAUCGGUAUCGGAAUUAGAUCAUGCUCUGCUCUGCACCUGCUUGAUCCCCUUAGAGGUACUAACACUGAUUUGGAUGCCUGACCGGGAUCGAGCACGAGUUUAUGCCGAGGAUCGGAAGCUGGAAACCUCCAUUGAGGAAACCUUGAUCGACGACAAGAAACCAGGAGGAAGUGAAAGGCCAUUUCGAAAUCUGAUGAAACAGCAGGAGGAUAUCCAUAGCCUCGACGACUCGCUAGCUCAAGUCCAAGGCCGCCUCCGGCAGCUGGAGCAGCGACCUGUCGCUGCCCCCGACGCAAGCUCUUCCAACACCUCCGAUCGCCUCGAAGCAUUGGAGAUGGACGUCGGCUCCCUGAAGGACGGCGUGCAGUUACAGCAGACCGCAACGCAACAGCUGGAACAACGGAUCUGUACUACCGCCAAUACCUCAAGUUCGGAACCGCGCGAGACAGCUCCAAAGUUUGACGGGCAGGAGAUCUUCUGCGACUCAAUGAAGACAGAUCCGAUUCCAUGGUUCCGCAAGUUCGAGCUCACGCUGCAGCUACACAACGUCAAAGAACACAAGCACCAUGCAUACUUGUACUCUCGCUCAGGGGGUGCGUGCCAGGCUUGGUUGGACAAUCUCUUGUCCAAGUACGGAGUGGUAGCUAACGACUUGCACACCAAGAUCAGCUGGGAUGAUCUGAAGGCGGCGUCACAAGCGGUUCCAAGUCGAGCCGCCGGAGAUCAAGGCUAUGGACAAGCUCAUGGUCUUCGAACAAGGCACGCGGCCGAGUACGGACUGGAUCGCCGAGUACCAACGCUUGACACGCUCCGCCGCGCCAAGUACAAGGCCAACCGCGACAAGUGCGAAUUUGUCCGGCAAGAGCUGGAAUGCUUGGGCCAUUCUGUCACACCGGAGGGCAUCAGUCCACUAUCGGACAGGAUUCAAGCCAUCCAAGAGUGGGCGGAGCCUCGGAACGUCACGGAUGUCCGUUCGUUCCUUGGCCUUGCCGGCUACUACCAGCGUUUUAUCAAAGGCUACUCGAAGAUCGCAGCCCACUUGACCAAGCUUCAAUGCGAGGAUCGACCGUUUGACUUCGGAGAGGAGGCGCGGGAAUCAUUUUUGGCUCUCAAAGCCGCGUUGUUAUCAGCGGAGGUCUUGCGCAUAUACGACCCGCUUUUGCCUACGCGCGUCACUACGGAUGCGUCCGGCUAUGGCAUUGGUGCCGUCCUCGAGCAACAUGAUGGUGUGGACUGGCACCUGGUCGAGUAUUUCAGCAAGAAAGUGCCCGUCGUGCAUUCCAUUGACGAUGCACGCAAGGAGCUCCUCGCCUUCGUCCACACGCUCAAGCGGUGGCGGCACUUCCUCCUUGGUCGAAGCCAAUUUCGAUGGGUAACAGACAACAAUCCGUUGGUCUUCUAUAAGACCCAAGACACCGUCAACAGCACCAUCGCUCGAUGGAUGACUUUCAUCGACCAGUUCGACUUCUUUCCCGAUCACAUUCCCGGGAAGUCGAACCGUUUUGCGGAUGCUCUUUCAUGGCGUCCGGAUCAUUGUACCGCGGUCUACUCAACCUUCAAGAUCGACGAUGACCUGCGGAACAGCUUCAUCCGCGGCUACCAAGUCGACCCCGAGUUUCACGACAAGUACGCGAAUUGCUCCUCUCCUAAUCCGGCGCCUUCUCACUACCGGAUCCAAGAGGGGUACUUGCUUGUCCACACGCGGGGGAAGGACCUUCUUUGCGUACCGAGUGAUCCUCACUUGCGUACACGGCUUCUUGGCGAGUUCCGCGAUGCUCCCGCCACCGAACACUUUGGAGUCAAUCACACGAUUGGCCGACUUCGCGAGCGAUUUUGGUGGCCCGACCUUCUCGGCGACGUCACGCGCUAUUGCGAGUCAUGCGAGGUUUGCCGACGCUGCAAAUCCUGCAACCAUCGUCCGUACGGCGAGUUACGACCAUUACCGGUCCCGUUGAGGCGAAGGGAAGCGAUUGCCAUGGACAUUACCGGCCCGUUCCCCAAGCACAAGACCGGAGUGGAUGGGAUUCUCACGAUGGUCGACCAACUCACCAAGUUCGCCAUGUUUUUGCCUUGUCGCUAUCAUGCCGAGGCACCGAAGUUGGUCGAGGUUCUCUACGCCGGUUGGAUUCGAACCAAGGGUUACCCCAAGGAAAUCGUCUGCGACCGUGACACUCGGUUCAUGUCCGAGUUUUGGUUGGCGCUCAUCAAGCGAUGGGGCUCAUCUCUCAAGCCCAGUUCAGCUCGCCACCCUCAGACCUAUGGCCAAACGGAGAGGGCGCACCAGACCGCACAAGUUCUCCUUCGCACUCUCAUUCGACCUGACCAAAAGGACUGGGUUGAGCGGCUGCUGGAUGUCGAGUUGGCCUACAACUCUUCCAUCCACCCGGCUAUCGGGAUAUCGCCUUUCAAAAUCGAGCACGGCUCGCCGGUCACUUCACCGUUGGACACUAUUACUCCACGAACGGCCAAGAGCGACGACCAUCUUCUUUUCUUGCGUCGGAUGCAAGAGCUUCUUGUCAAGGCACGCGACCAGAUGGCUAAGACGCAGCAGCGCAUGAGCCAGCAGGCCAAUCGCCAGCGUCUUCCUUGCCCAUUCCGCGCAGGCGACCUCGUUUGGGUUUCCGCAGCGGAAUUCAGCCUUGAACAAGACAUCUCUCGCAAGCUCCUCCCGAAAUGGAUGGGCCCUUGGCCCAUCGUGGCACCCGCUGGCAACGCACCUGAGGGACCUUCCUUCACGAUUCAGGUGCCCGCCCACUUGCCCGUCUACCCAGUCUUUCAUUGCUCCAAGUUGGCUCUUUACACGCCAGCAGAACACGACGAUUUUCCUGGGAGACGUUCACAAGACCCACCCUCCAUGGAUGGUUUUCAGGAGGUCGGCAACAUCAUCUCCCAGCGACGCUACGACAACAGGCCAACCGAGUAUUUGGUGCAUUUUGCAUACUGCACACACCGAGCUGACCGUUGGUUGACCCGUGCGGAGCUUCAAGCAACAACUCCAAACGUUUUCGCCGGCUACGAAUGCAAGAUGCAAGGCAAGCCGUUUUUUUCGGCUCCACGCCUCGCCCGCGUCCAGGUUCCACCUUCAGAUCGUCAGCUUCGCCCUCGCCCCGGCUUGACUUCAUAAGGAGGGGGGGUGUUACAUGUUGCGCCUGCACACGAGGGCAAUUUUCCAGGCCCUGCGUCCCUCAGGCUGAAAGCCUGAAAUUCAGGCUA